AUGUCCUCCGCCCCCGCACAACCGAUAAACGUACCCGCAGGUGCGCAAACCGCUACCGUCGCCGCAGGAUGUUUCUGGGGCGUCGAGCACAUGUUUAGGCGACAGUUCAAGAGCCAGGGCUUGUACGACGCGCGCGUUGGGUACAUUGGAGGCGAUGAACAGAACCCAGGGUACAGGGCUGUGUGCAGUGGACGGACAGGUCAUGCGGAGGCCCUCCAAGUUGUCUAUGAUCCGGAGAAAGUAUCAUAUCGCACGCUCCUUGAAUUCUUCUACAAGAUGCACGACCCAACGACGGAGAACCGACAAGGUCCGGAUGUGGGAACACAAUAUCGGAGUGCAGUCUUCUAUCAUAACGCGCAGCAAGAGAAAGAGGCACGAGAGGUCACAGAUAAGGUCAACAAGCAAUGGUGGAAGGGCGCGGUUACGACUGAGAUCCUCCCCGCUGGUGAAUGGUGGGACGCUGAACAAUACCAUCAGCUGUACUUGGAUAACAACCCAGGCGGCUACGAAUGUCCUUCGCAUUUCUUGAGAAGCUUCCCCGCGCUGGGAGAGUAG